CUCUGCCACAGCCUCCACCAACACCCGAACCUCCUCUUCACAACGUCGACACAGCCGGUGAAGCUGGCCUCAUGCACUCCACCUAAGCACACGCGGGCACGACCGCGCGGUGCAUCAAGCCUCAACCGGAGCUCGCACGCUCAUCUUGCGCGGAUCAGGUAAGGCGUUCUGGUGCAACAAGCCGUCCUCCGCCUACCAACGGCCAGGCUAGAAGGUUUUCCACAGAGGCUGUACAGCGCUCACUCUAUCCUCCUGCACCCUCUGCAUCUUCGACACAUUCACUGUCCUCUGCCCCAUAAAGCCCUCGUCGUUCGCUACUUCGCCGCCGCUGUGGGAAUGCGAGCACUCACACCACCUCGUCUUUCGCGACAUGAGACGGCGCAUCUGCUGCCAUCAUGAUCUAUCCUCCAUCUCCGGCUCUCAGUGCCUGCGAUUCCCUGGACGGCAUUGAUGACCUGGACGCUUUCCUGGCCGCUCAAGGACGACUCUCCCACUUUCCAACACCACCGACCAAGAAUCAGCCUCGAGUUGAGGUUGUCGAGUUACCGCCUGAUGACGACGACAAGGCACUAGAAGACUCGCUUGUCUGCACAGAUCCCAUCGCAAAUGCAUUUGCGCGUGGAGCAGCGAUCGGAAUCGAAGCCAGUCCACAAGAUGCCGAUGCCAUUCAUUCUAUCCUUGUGCGCGCCGACCUGCCUCUCGAAGUGGUUGCCACAGCCUUCAACAUGAUCUCGGCCCUGCGGAUGAGCUCGAGCUCGAGCAGCCUCGCCGGCUAUUCUCCGGGGCUUCUGACUGUAGCUGCCCUCAGCCUCGUGGUGUCGUAUACCGAUGAUCAUGCUCCCUUGCCUGCGUGGUACUCGCGAUAUGUCUGCAGGCAUGCCCAUUCACCACAGCGGAUCAACAGUACAGCCUUGGAGGUUCUCUCUGCAUUGGACUGGCACAUUCACAUGUUCACGACACAGGAAGCAUACGGGCGCGCUCUCACCGCGUUCUGCAGCUCGACAGUCAUCGAGCCUGCAUAUGAACCAGAGCAUGGUGUCGAUUUGGAUCAAACAGCUCUUGGACUGGAUGUGGCGCCAUUGAAGCUCGUGACAUCGCACACUUCCAUCGCCCGCUUCGAGCAUGGCAACAUUACGCCUGACGACACGCCGCCUUGUUCGGCUUGCGACGACACAUUGGUACAGCCGCAAUUCCUGCGACUGCUCUGAGGCAUCACGAUUGGAACGGAUUAUGGCAUAUGGCGGGGUACGGGCACUGGCAUUGGCAUUGGCAUGGAUAUUGGUGUUUUGACAUUGCGUGUCAGCAUUUGCACAUGGCAUCUCAUGAUAUUCCUUCAAGCGAGCGCUAUAUGGAUUUUAAUAGCAUGGAGUAGUCGGUAUGGUCAUCAACAUGAACGUUGAGGUUGCACGAGUCAGUGCGCA